AUGAGCUCUCUAAAUAACAUACGUAACAUACGUAACAUUAAUAUAAACAAUUUAAACAGCUUAAACAAUGAAAAUGAUCUCAACCACCAAGACAUUUAUCCCUCCUCAAAAAGAAGGUUGAUCUUCACUGAAUUGGACUCAAAAUUAUUGACUUCAUCCACAGGCAUAGUCAACAACGCUCCAUCAAGUGCUUCGACAGCCCAACAACAUCCAACUGCUAUUUUGCCUUUGGAACCGGUUUUGAACAGAAACUUGAAUGAAGAAGCUGAUAUCCAAGCUGCUUUGCCUUCUCCUUCCGCUUCCCCAAUUCAAUCCACUCAAGAUGAUGAAGAUGACGAAGAUGACGAUGACGAGCCUCUUGAUUUCACAUCACUCGUACAGUCUCUCUCGGCUACAAAAUCCCCAAACGAAAUCAUGGACAGCGUAUCCAUUUUAUCUUCAAACUUAUCCAAAAAAUUCAAAAACAAAUUGGUUUUCAAUCUACUCAAAACUUUAGAUCGCUCAAAUCUAUCUGCUCUUUGCGGCCUAAUAAAAGACAGCUUAAAAUUCGAUAUAUUAUCAAACUUGCCUUCAAAUGUUUGCCAUAAAAUUUUCAGUUUUUUAGAUCACAAGUCUCUUUGUAAAGCUCAAUUUGUUUGCAAGCGCUGGUGCAUCCUAAUCAAUACCGAUGAAAGAGUCUGGAAAAAUUUACUAUUUUCUGACCGAUUAAUUACAAAUAUUAAAGAAAUUAAACCGGAUCUUAAACACAACAAAAAUGCUUUUGUAUCCAAAUGGUGCUCAAUUAAUGUCAAUAAAAUAUACAAGGAUCUCAAAUCAGAUCCCAGAAAUCCAGAUUUCCAAAUCAAAUAUGAAAUGUUUAAACCUAACAUAUACAAAUUAAUCUACAAAAAAAGAAAACUAAUUAAUAAUAACUGGUUGAAUCCCAAGUAUAAACCAAAAAGAAUUACUGUGGAAAAUAAUGACUCAAAUGUCGUAACUUGUUUACAGUUUGACAAAAAUAAAAUUAUCACCGGAGCUGAUAAUAAAUAUAUCAGAAUUUAUGAUACAAAUACCGGUAAAUUAAUUAAAACUUUGACUGGGCAUGAAGGAGGUGUUUGGGCGCUACAAUAUAUUAAUAAUACUUUAGUUAGUGGCUCAACAGAUCGUACGGUAAGAAUCUGGGAUAUUAAAAAGGGAAAGUGCAUUCAUGUUUUAAGAGGACAUACUUCAACUGUUAGGUGUCUUGAUAUAAUUAAACCUAGACCCGAUGGGUUUAAUGACAGAAGAGAACCGGUUUUUUAUCCAAAGAGAUACAUGCUAAUAACCGGCUCAAGAGACUGUAAUUUGAAUGUUUGGAACUUACCAUUAGCUCCAGAUUAUGAUAAACAUGGAAACAUCAAAAAAAGAGGAAAGGAGGACAUUCAAAGCGAGUUCAUGGCUUCCAGCAAUAGAAGCAGUAUGAGCCCAUAUUUUGUUUGUUCAUUAAAGGGACAUGAAGGGUCUGUGAGAUCUAUUUCGUCUUAUGGUAGAAUAAUUGUGUCUGGGUCUUAUGAUAAUACAGUUAGAGUCUGGGACUCCAAAACACUAAAGUGUAAGUAUGUUUUAAGUGGGCAUCAUGAUAGAAUUUAUUCCACGGCGAUUGAUCAUAAAAGGAACAGGUGUUUAUCAGGAUCUAUGGAUUUUUCAGUUAAAAUUUGGGAUUUAAGUAAUGGAUCGUUAUUGAAAACGUUGAUUGGACAUACCUCAUUAGUUGGAUUGUUAAAUCUUUCUCAGGAUUACUUGGUUAGUGCAGCAGCUGACUCGACAUUGAGACUAUGGUCACAGAAGACAUAUAAAUUGAUUGAUGUGCUAGAGGGACAUCAGGCGGCGAUUACAUGUUUUCAAAGUGAUGAUACAAGAAUUGUUUCUGGAUCGAACAAUCUAGUGUUGUGGAAUGCUACAAAUGGCAGUAAAGUUCGAGAAUUGUUAGGAGACACUCAAGGAGUUUGGCAAGUCAAAUUUGAUUAUAAGAUGUGUGUUGCAGCUGUACAAAGAAGAUCGGAGACAUCAGACAAAACAUAUAUUGAGAUCUUGAGAUUUGAUCGAUUUGAUCGAUUUGAUUGA